GAGGGAAAGGCCUUUACUUCACAUGCAGGGAAAGGCAGGACGGGGAUAAGAUUAAUGCAAGACAGGCAUGCAGAGACACGCCACUUCAAUGGAACACCGCACACACGUAAACAUUUGCUUUUAGAAUAGUUGCAAGGACAGCUGAUGCAAUGCAUGCAAACCCUACGUGGAAGAAUACUAUGGCUGUAAGUCCAAUACAGUAGGUGCAAAUAGACCCAGUACAAUGCGUGGAAACGCAGCACAUGCAAACGGUACUUAACGCUAUUGCAGUAAAAGUAAAUGCAGUACAUGGAAAUACUACAGUAUACAUGCGAUUGGUCGAGGUGCCUAGGAGCCUGGGAAUUCUAGGCCUCUCAGGUGGCUGGCCGACUGUAGCUUUGCUUUUAUAGUUUUAUUUUGGAAGGAUGGAGCAGCUGGUUUUCCUUUCAUACCCGUAUUUUUCACUCAUUCUGGCCCGUCAGGUUCCAGCGCCAUGUUCUACUUGGCAGCGGCUGUGUCGGAUUUCUACAUCCCCCCUUCAGAGAUGCCCGAACAUAAAAUCCAGUCUUCUGACGGGCCCCUCCAGAUAACCAUGAAGAUGGUACCCAAAAUGCUGUCUCCUCUGGUUAAGGAAUGGGCCCCCGAGGCGUUUGUGAUCUCCUUCAAGUUGGAAACUGAUCCUUCGAUCCUGGUUGAAAAAGCCAGGCAGGCCCUGGCCAAAUACAACCAUCAGGUAGUCAUUGCCAACGCCUUGGACUCGCGAAGAACCGCCGUGAUCGUUGUGACUAAGGAUUCAGAAACCCCGUUGUCCAUUUCGGAGGAGGAAAUCGCCCAAGGGAUAGAGCUUGAGGACAAGAUUGUCAACCACCUAGUAUCCCAGCACAAAGCCUUUAUGGAAAAAUGAUUUCCUGAUGGAUAAAUGUGAAAUCUUCCAAGCUGAAGCUAUAAAUUUAAGAACUGCUAGGAGCUGGUGAUGGUGACACUGGAAAGCUUCUAUUUCCUGUUAACAGAGAUCUCAUUAACUGGGGUCAGGGAGGCGGAAUCUGACACAGCUUCCUGGUUUUCUUUGCACAUCUCCAGACCCGUUUGCUGCUCAUUGGUGGGAAGGUUUAAAGGACAGAAACAUUCCAAGUCACGACUCGCUCUGGUGUGUGAUUGAUACAAUCACAGGGGUUGGUGUUUUGGAGACCAAACAGACAGCAACCUAACCACUCCCCCCCCCCCUUUGGUAAAAAUUACUCAGGAAAAAUUGAAAAGCGUUCUAGUCAAUUUCUGAAUCUUGUUCCACCUUGAAUUAAGCCAGUUUGCACAAAAUAAUAAGAAUUUCUCAGCCGGCAUUUGGCUUGUUGGCAUCGUCUCCCAAUUUUGGGUAGUCCCAAAUUUAUUAACUGGUCAAAUAAUAGAUCCAUUGGAGUGUGGUAGACCAGUGAUGUUCUUAUGUUGUCUUUUUUGUCCAAAAUGUCUCCAUCUGACCUUUUCUGAAGUUAAUGUUUUCCUGUUCUCUUGCAAGAAAAAAAGUCAAAUGGUUUAAAUCUUCCAUCACUUUGAUGCCUUAGGAAAUGUGAAUUUUAUACAUGUAGUCCUCCACUUAUAACCGUUGGUUUAAUGACUGUUCAAAGUUAGGACAAUGAUGAAAAAUGUAACUUACAACUGGUCCUUGUACUUACAAACUGUUGCAGAGUCCCCACGGUUACUGGAUCAAAAUGUGUGCGCUUGGCAACCAGCAUCCCAGGGCCAUGAGAUCACCAGUCGUGACUUUCCCAGGGAGCUUUUGACAGCAAAAUCAAUGUGGGAGGCUGAUUUGCUUAAUGGCCGCAGCAAAAAAAAAGGUCAAAAAAAUCAGGCACAACUCACUUAAUGAUUGCAUUGCUUACUGACGGAUGUUCUGAUACCACUUGUGGUAGUAAGUCGAGGGCUUCCUGUAUUGUGUUGCUGCUCAGUUCUGCCUUCCUUAAAAUGGUUUGCUGGCUAUGCUUUCAUGAUACACCCCAGGUUAAUCAAGCCACGUUAUGGUUCCUUUGUUACUAAGACCCAAAAUUGAUAUUGCCCUGUGUUUGCAAACUCUAUAACUGUCAAACGUCUUGGAUCGUGUUUUAAAAUUGACCAGAAAAAGGAAUGUGAUACUUGAGGAAGGCUGUGAAAACAGAAGACAAUAUAGAGAUUCAGAAUAAUUAAAAAAAAUCAGAAACUAGA